UUUCCCUUCUCUUUGAUAGGCAAACUGCUAUAUAAAACAUCAAGAGGGCACAGAGAGGACAUCAAAGUUUGUGAUAUCCUGGAAGCUGACAGACACGAUGCUUCUUAUCCAAAAGAAAGCCACCCUGGGCAUUAAAGGCCACACCAUCCUUUGUGUUGUGCUUGGCCUGUUGGCUUCUCAAGUCUCUGCUCAGGCUGAAAACAGCAAAGAGGGAGAGGUGACCCUUCUGAAGCUGAGACUAGACUCUUUGAAGGACCGCUACAGACAACUCUGUAACCAGUAUGCCAACCUGGCAAACAACUGUUCAGCUGAUGCGAUCACCUGCACAGAGUGUCCUGAUGGGUGGAUUCAUGUAGGGGAUCACUGCUUCUUCCUCAGCAAUGACACAGAGGACUGGUUUAACAGUACACUCAAAUGUAAGGAGAUAGGUGGCCAUCUCGCCAUCUUGACCACCAAGGAAGAGCAUGAAGCUGUAGAAAAAGAAGCCAGGAGGAUUGGAGGGUUUUACACAUACUACUGGCUCGGACUGAGUGACAUCGUGAAUGAGGGAGAGUGGAAAUGGGUGGACAACUCAACACUUAAAGUUCCAUUUUGGAACACACAAAAACCCGAGCCAGACAACAACAUAGCCGCUGGGGAAGCUGGAGAGGACUGCGCUGUGGUGGACGGCUACAAUCAGAACUGGUACGACGUUCCCUGUUCCUUUCUGUAUCGACGAAUCUGUCAGAUGGACGCCAUCCCGUUCCAUUUGCCCGAGCGCACCUCCAAAGAAACAUCAGUCAGCAUGGAAGGAUUUUGAUACUUUAUUAAAAAAAAAAUAGCUGAUGUUUUUUAUGCAUUGCGGUUUUCAUGUUACCAUUUUCAACAAUAAAGUAUCAUCAUGCA